AUGGCCAAGCAGGGAAACCAUGACUUGGUGAGUGAAGGGCUGCUAUCUCCAGAUGGACUGGAGAUGAUGAGGCGUGGGAUCCAGUGUGAUUUAUUAAAGCAGUUUAAACUGGAGCCAUUCAGGUUUUUGGAAGAUGAAUACAGAACUGGAGUGAAUGCCGAACUCUUUGUAGGAUCUUCAAAUGCAGUGACCUAUAAUGAUGUACAUGUUGACAUCACUCAGAAAGAGUGGGCAUUGAUGGAUCCUUCACAGAGGAAUCUCUACAAAGAUGUGAUGGUGGAGACCUAUAUGAACCUCACAGCUAUAGGCAUGAAAGACCUCAUACUACAGAGAAAUCCUAUGAAUAUAUUCGGUGUGGUAAAGCCCUUGUACGUCAUAAUCAUCCUCAAAGAAAUGAAGAAACACAUACUGGAGAGAAAUCCUAUGAAUAUAAUCAAUGUAGUAAAACCUUUUCACAACACAGUCAUCUUCAAAUACAUGAAAGAACACAUACUGGAGAGAAACACUAUGAAUGUAAAGAAUGUAGUAAAGCCUUUGAACAGCUCAGUCAUCUUCAAGAACAUAAAAGAGCACAUACUGGAGAGAAACCCUAUGAAUGUAAUCAGUGUGGUAAAGCCUUUGCUCAUAACAGUGCCCUUCAAUUGCAUGAAAGAACACAUACUAGAGAGAAACCCUAUGAAUGUAAUCAGUGUGGCAGAGCUUUUGCUCAACACAUUACUCUUCAAAGGCAUGAAAGAACACAUACUGGAGAGAAACCCUAUCAAUGUAAUCAUUGUGGUAAAGCCUUUGCACAGCUCAGGCAUCUUAAUGGACAUAAAAGAA